AUGGCCCUCGUAUCCUACUCCGACUCCGAGAACUCUGACUCAGAACCCGAAACCCCCGUCGUUCCCCAACCAAAGACCCAAAAAGCCGCACCAGCCCAACAACAACCAUCCUCUGCGUCCACCACCGGCGCAAACUUCCCAUCCAUCGUCGAUCGCAGCAACCCGCGCAAAAUCCGCGUUGCCCUACCCGAAAUCAAACCCGAGAAACCAACCGAGGAAGACGCCGGCGACGAUGGACCCGCGCGCAAGAAACCCAGGAUAGGCGGCGGUGGCGGAGGGGGAUUGUUCUCGGACUUUAAUUCAUUCUUGCCCGCGCCGAAAAAGAAUACCGCGACCGCAGCGGCGGAGAAAGAGAAGAAUAAGAAGACGGCCGCGCCGGCGCGGAAAGUGUUCAGUUUGAAGACGGGAGCUACGCCGGGAUUUGAUCGCGAGGCGGAUGCGGAAAUGCGGAGGGAUCAGGCAUUGGGUUUAGGGACUGGUGAUUAUGACGAUGAUGAGACGAUACCAAAGGCCGGUAGCCUUGGGACGGAGGAAGCUGGCGAGUCGCCAAAUACGGCAGAGGACAACGGAGAGGAGGGUGUGAAGGAGAAGCCGGUGGAGGUGAAAUUGAAGGGCAAUCCUAUGAUGUUCAAGCCUUUGUCGGUGGGACGAACGCAGCAGAAGAAAAAGAAAGCGCCUCCCAAGACUACGACAACGACGACCACAAGUACGCCAUCCUUACCUGCUGCCGAUGGCCUGAAAGAACAAGCCCCUCCCGCUCAACCUACUCCGCCCCCUGCUGCUGCUGCCCCGAAACCAAAACCGAAAGUCAGUCUGUUCUCGCUAUCAUCGGCAGAGCCGGACGCCCCCUCUCCCUCAGCCCAAACAACCAGCGCCACCUACGAACCACUAGUAUACAGCGCCCCCUCAGAAGCUCCUGCCGCUGGGCCUUCGGCCCCAGAACCCCAGGAGUCAAACCUAGCGACGAGGCCUACCGAAACGUUGGACAACAUUGCCGACGAUCUCAAUCUGUCGCGUGCGCAAAGAAGGCAGCUAUUCGGUCGCAAUGCUGAUGCGUCCAAGUCCCGAAUCCUCCAUUUCAACACAGACAAAGAGUACAUCGCAAAUCAAGAGAUGGCGCACAACACGGAUCUUGCGGCUGUGCAACACAAUCCCGUGCGUCCGAUUGCGCCUGGUAAACACAGCUUGCAGCAGCUGGUCAACGCAGCGAGCAACCAGCGGGAGGCUCUGGAGGAGAGCUUUGCCUCUGGACGGCGGAACAAGCAGGAGGCUGGAUCCAAAUACGGAUGGUGA